AUGAACCGUCUUGAGCACGUCGCUGUGGAGAUCGCCGGGCAGGGGGCAGCAGAGGGCAGGGUGCUGGCCGUCCUGAUGCUAGGCAUCUGGCAUGCUAGGUGCUCCCCGGGAGAAACUGGGGAGUUCUGCGCCCUUCCCACAUCAUACCCCCUUCCCCGUAAAGCGAAGUGUGCUUCUGUGUGUCACGGGUGUGCCUGUGCGAGGCAGGCUCGCCUGGCGCAUGGCCUCCAUCUCUGCCGGAUCAGGGCAGGAGUCCGUCUGCUGCUGGUGCGAGGCCGAGGGGCCCUCUAUCCCCCGCGGUCGGCACCGAGGACCCUCCCGAGAGCACGUUCUUCUGUGGUCCCUGCCCACGUCAGCUCAGGACACACAGCGGCCGUGGUCCAGGACAGGGGUGCGGCCUCACGUGGGGUUGGGGCUCAGUUUGGCUUCUCACGCUUUUUACUCUCGUCUUUGUUUUCUUUCCAGGGAAGGUCUGUGUCUUUAACAACUUUUUAUCGAACAGCAAGAAAUAUCAUGAACAUGUGUUUCAGCAAGGAGCCCGCCCCGGCUGAAAUCGAGCAAGAGUACUGGAGGCUCGUGGAAGAGAAGGAUUGCCACGUGGCCGUGCACUGUGGCAAGGUGGACACCAACACUCACGGCAGUGGAUUCCCAGUGGGAAAAUCAGAACCGUUUUCAAGGCACGGAUGGAACCUCACCGUCCUCCCCAAUAACACAGGGUCCAUCCUGCGUCACCUCGGUGCUGUGCCUGGAGUGACAAUUCCCUGGCUAAACAUCGGCAUGGUCUUUUCUACCUCAUGCUGGUCUCGAGACCAAAACCACCUUCCCUAUAUCGACUACUUACACACUGGUGCUGACUGCAUUUGGUAUUGCAUUCCUGCUGAGGAGGAGAACAAGCUGGAGGAUGUGGUCCACACCCUGCUGCAAGCCAACGGUACCCCAGGGCUACAGAUGCUGGAGAGCAACGUCAUGAUCUCCCCGGAGGUGCUGUGCAGGGAGGGGAUCAAGGUUCACAGGACCGUGCAGCAGAGCGGUCAGUUUGUCGUCUGCUUCCCGGGGUCCUUUGUGUCCAAAGUGUGCUGCGGCUACAGCGUCUCUGAGACCGUGCACUUUGCCACCACCCAGUGGACGAGUAUGGGCUUCGAGACGGCCAAGGAAAUGAAGCGUCGCCACAUAGCUAAGCCGUUCUCCAUGGAGAAGCUCCUCUACCAGAUUGCACAAGCGGAAGCAAAAAAGGAGAACGGCCCCACUCUCAGUACCAUCUCCGCCCUUCUGGAUGAGCUCAGGGACACGGAGCUGCGGCAGCGGCGGCAGCUGUUCGAGGCCGGCCUCCACUCGUCCGCCCGCUACGGCAGCCACGACGGCAACGGCGCCAUGGCGGAUGGCAAGAAAAAGCCUCGAAAGUGGCUGCAGCUGGAGACGUCAGAGAGGAGGUGUCAGGUCUGCCAGCACCUGUGCUACCUGUCCAUGGUCGUGCAGGAGAACGAGAACGUGGUUUUCUGCCUGGAGUGUGCUCUGCGCCACGUGGAGAAGCAGAAGUCCUGUCGAGGGCUGAAGCUGAUGUACCGCUACGAUGAGGAGCAGAUCAUCAGUCUGGUCAAUCAGAUCUGCGGCAAAGUGUCUGGUAAGAACGGCAGCAUCGAGAACCGUCUCGGCAAACCCACACCGAAAAGAGGGCCCCGCAAGAGGGCGACCGUGGACGUGCCGCCACCCCGGCUUUCCUCCUCCGGUUCCCCCCGAAGUGCUUCGAGCUCGUCGUGAAGAUGCCAACACCGUGUCGAUCGAUAUAUAUUUUUUUGUAAUUAUGAUAUUCUAGUUUGGAGUACUUGCUGUAGGAUACAAGCUGUCUUUGCACUAGCUCUAAAGAAGAUUUUCUUCUGGUUUUAGAGAACUAAUUUUGUUUUAGCAUUAAACUGUUGAACUUUUUUUUGUACUUAGAAUACCUAGAUACUGCAGUCAGAUUUUGGAAACUGCCGUAUAUUCACUGUUUUAAAAACCCUUGAGGGGGCUGUAUUAAUUUGUAUCGCCCCUGUGGCUGAAAAAAGCCUUUUUGGUUUUUUGUUUUGUUUUGGUUUUUUUGUUUUUUGUUUUUGUUUUGGUUUUUUUUGGUAACUUGGGGGGAAAAAAGGCUUUUUUAACCCAUUUUCGAAGAGGGUGAAGUUUGGAGAACAAAUUUUAAAAAACCAGUCAUGUGAGCAGAUUUUUCUAGAGAGGAAAAGGGAUAGGAGACACACACACACACACACACACACAAAACUUGAAAAGAAAUGGCUUUACUUUGGCUGUCUUUUCUUCUGUCAUGUGCAAAAUGAGUUUGUAAUUUUUAAAACCGGAGAACCCCCAUUUUGUUUCUUUGGGCGGUUAUGGCAGCUGAAGGCGGACGUUGUUUCCUAACCCGAGGCAAAAUGCGGAAGCGGACGACGAGGUUCUCUUUACCAGCACAUCUCUAUGCAUCUGUUUAAGGGAAAGAGGAGAGCGAGAGAAGAAAGCAGACUGCCUGCCUUGGAGGGGUCACGUGAGGGAAACCUGUGCCUGAUUUCAUUAGGAAAUCCAUUCUGUUAUUUUUUGGUGCUGUUGGCUACUUUAUCAAAAAACCCUUCAAUAGCAUCCUUAAGAAAAAAAAAAAACCACAAAAAAACAAAAAAGGAAAAAAAAGUGAUCGAAGCCGAAAGUGCUUCUUUGUCCUAGACGUGCAAUCUCUCUAACAUUCCGUCUUCAUGUCACUGCUUGGUUUACACCUUCACAAGUCAGCAUUAAUCUUUCUUUCUAAACUCGUUUCGUUGACGGUCACACUUAGAGCCACUAGGAGGUCUGCAGUUCUUUCUGAAUGUGAAAAUGCAUUUGCGCUCAUCUUGUCUAUUUUUUCUCUUCAUGUUGUAACAAAAAAAAAAAGAAAAAAGAAAAAAAAAGAAUCCCGUCCCUUUUGUACAUACGCCUGUAAAUUGUUUUAAAUACUUGAGCCUUUUUCUCGGUGGGGGGUGGGGAGGGUGCGAGGACAAGAUGAAGAAAAGCCUUACGUUUCCGUUUCUUCAUCGGGUGGAUUGGAUGCUUACAGGGUUUUUCUUGUAACAUUUAUAAGUGCUGCUUACAUCACUGAACAACAACAAAAUAAUAAUGGAGUAGCUGUUGCCCUUCUCCGGUUGUGUGUACAGUACGUGUGGAAUAAAAAAGGGAACUGUUUUCA